CCUUCAUCGAAACGACGUUGUCGUUCAAAAUGGCGGUUCGGGAGCGUUUUGUUGUGUUAGGUGGCUGCUGAAAAAAACAAAAACUCUCCAGGAUGCUCUGCCUCGGACGCUUCAGCCGCAAACGCCGCUAGUGCUUGCAGGCGGGAUGCGUUCCUCCCGGCGGUGUCUCGCCCAAUGAAAGACCCUCCCCUGGGCUCCCGUGCGUCGGCGGUGGAUGGCCGGCCGAGCAGCCAGCAGGGGCCCGGCGUGAGCGGCGCAGGCUUCGAUGACGACUACAACGAGUGGGAGCUGGGCAUCGGGGACCUCAUCAUCGACCUGGACGCAGACAUAGAGAAGAGCAACGACCCUGCCAUGGCCUCUGCAGCCGCCGCAGCAGGGGGCCCCACGGCCGCCCAGGCCGUGCCCCCGCCAGCACAGGCCGCCGCCUCUUCGCCCCCCGUCGAGCACCAGGCCACGGUGGAUAAGGGCCUCAAGAUGAAGAUAAAGCGCAAGAACCUUGCCAAACACGAGAUUGUGAAGGCGCAGGACACGGGGUCGUCACCACUGCCGGCCAACAGCGCCUCCUCUUCCGCCGCUACCAAGCACUCGUCGUCGUCCUCCUUGUCCUCUUCCUCGUCGAAAGGGGGCAGCGGCCGCAGCGGGUCCCACAAGAAGAAGCGGCUCGAGAACGGCGCCUCUCCGCCGCGGCUCCCGCCGCAGUGCGCCCUGGGUGUGACGCAGGGCGCUCCGGAGUCGCCCCUGCCGCCCCUGCCUGCCCCCUCAUCCGUGGUGGCAACGGCGGUGACGGAGCAGCAGCAGUCGGCCAAUGGCGUGUCUCCACCCUCGCCGGUCGCGGAAGAGGUUGCGGCGGAGGAGGCGGCGUCCGAGGUGCCGCUCAAGAAAAUCAAGACGGAGUGCCCCGAGAGUCCCUCUCGGAGUGCGGUGGCGGCCACGAGCGGCCCCGUGGAGCGCAGGGACUCGGGCGUGCUCUGCUCUUCGGUGGGCACCAUCACGGAGCCGGACUGCUUGGGGCCCUGCGAGCCGGGCACGAGCGUCACCCUGGAGGGCAUUGUCUGGCAGGAGACGGAAGGAGGGGUCCUGGUGGUGAACGUGACAUGGCGAGGCAAGACGUACGUGGGCACACUCCUCGACUGCACCCGCCACGAUUGGGCGCCCCCCCGCUUCUGCGAGUCCCCCACGAGCGACCUUGACGCGAAGGGGGGCCUCCCCAAGGGGGGACGCCCCAAGCGAGCCAGGGGGGACCCCGAGGCGGCCAACCGCGGGGGGUGCACCCCGGUGCAGGGCAAGCUGCGCAAUGGCAAGGGCCGCCGCUUCGCGGUCCCCUGCAGCCCCGCCAAGGGAGAGGGCCGCAGGCGCACGGCCACGCGGCCCCCCGAGCUCGAGCUCAGCCCCCCGGACAAGAAGCGCGCCCGGGCACGGGGCACCCCCCCGACCCCCGAGGCCCCCUGCUCCCCCGCGCUCAUCCCCUGCCCGGAGCCCCACUGCGGCAAGAAGUACAAGCACAUCAAUGGGCUACGCUACCACCAGAGCCACGCGCAUGGCUGCGGGGACGCCAAGGGUGGAGAGGAGGAGACCUCGGACGGGGGGGAGGAAGGGAGCAGCCCCCCCAGCCCCACCAUCCUCCCCCCGGCCCCCCCGGUUGCUGUGGCCCCCGUGGCAGCCCCCGCGGCGCCGGAGGAACCCUCUCCGAGUCCCCCUGUGUCGGUCACAGUCAGCAUCCCGACGUCCCAGGUGUUUUCGUUCGUGCCCGCCGCCCCUCGUGCCGCUUCCCCGCCCCCCGUGCGUGCCCUGGCGACCCCAGUGUGUCCCCCAGACUCCGUACCCUCUGUGGCCCCCCCGAGUCCCCCCAAGGCCGCCCCUCCUGCCGUUGCGGAGCCCCUUGGCCAGGCUGUCGUUCCGCAGGCGGCGUCAUUGGACACAGUGUUGCGGCAGCACAAGCGGCCCCACAAGAAGGGCAAGGGACGCAAGUCGGAGGGGGGGCCCCCAGAGGAGGCCCCCGAAGGUCCCUUACCCCUUGCCGCCGCCGCAACCGCGGAGACUAGCCUGCCUUUGGAGCAAGCGCCCCCGAACCUGGAAGAAAGUGUUCAAAGCCCUGCGUACUCUGACAUUUCGGACGACGCGGCACCCCUUCUCGAGGCUGCCAAGGACAAGGAGCCCCCCCGCGGACCCCCUGGGGAGCUGUACGGGGUGUACCCUUACUUCGGGCAGCCACCCUACCUCCUGCCAGGGGUCCAGCCCCCACCCGAAGCGAAGCCGCCCCCUCCCCCGAACCCCGCCGCAGAAGAGGAGGCGGCCAAGAAGGAGGGGGGCGUCCUCCGCGACAAGGCCCCCAAGGAGCCCUCGCGGGACGGCCCCACUCCCCAGGAACCCCCCGGGAAGAAGCCGGACUUCCCCCAGUUCCCACCCUACUCGCUGUGCGCAGGCGGACCCUACGUCGGGGGCGGGCCCCCCGGCUACCCUUUUCAUGAGCCGUACCACGUGCACAUGGUGGACUCUUCGCCCUCCGCAUUCAAAGAGGACAAGUCGGGGGGUAAGGACGCGCCAGGCGUUGACAAGGGGGCCCCACCCCCCCUUGACAAGAACAGUCCGCGCGUGUUGCCUCCGCUCCCCCGCCGCAACCAGUCCCCGGAGGUCCCCGUGCCCCCCAAGGAGCGCCUGUGCAAGGAGGAGGCAAAGGAGGAGCCCAAGUUCAGCCCAUACGAGCCGCUCUACGAGCGGCGCUUCCUCUACCUCCAGGACCCUCCCCCCGCCGAGGCCCCGCCCAAGGAGGCCCCGCCCACUCCCAAGGCCCCGCCCCCACACCCCCCAAAGUCCCGCGCCCCCAAGGAGCCCAAGGACAAGGACGGGGGCGGGCAGAAGCCGACGAUGGAGACGACGGGUCCGCCCCCGCCCUCCAACUACGCCUACCUGCACCCGGGCUACCUGCCCCCUCACUUCCCGCCCCACGUGGCCUUUGAGUCGGUGUACCGGGGCCUGCCCCACUACGGAGGCUCGCCCUACCUGCGCUUCCACGUGCCGGCCCCCGAGGUGCCCCAGCAGGCGCCGGGGCCGCCCGUCGUGGGGCAGGUGGGGGGCCCGCAGGGGCCUCCUAAGGCUCUCGACCUCCUACACCAGGUGUCACAACACUACAGCAACCACAAGAUUCAUGAGCUACAGGAGCGUGCGGUGCCUUCUCCCUCUCCGCACGCGGGUCCGGGGGACCGCCCCCCUAGGGGGGGCCCUCCGGAAAAGGGUCCCCCCCGGGGGGAUCCGGGCCCCCUGGCGCCCUUGGAGGCUGGUCCCAAGGGCGGCGGGAUGCCGGUGGCGGGGGUUCCCCUGGGUGGGGUCCCGCCCCAGCAGCAGCAGGGGCCGGGGCCGGGGGGCGGGCCCCCCGUCCCCACACAGAACCCCGACGGGACGUCACGGUCGCCGCCCCCACAGAGGCAUCUGCACACGCACCACCACACGCACGUCGGCGUGGGGUACCCCCUCUACGACCCCUACGGAGUGCCCCCAAGCCCCUGGAAGCAGGCCUCGCCGCAGAGACCCUACCGAGUCAUGCCAUGAUAGCGAGCCAGCAGGCAGCGGCGUGCGCAGUGGCGGCCUCUUCGAACCUGCACCCCUUUGUGCCCAAGUGAGGAAAGGCGUCCCCCGCAACAAACACACGAGCCACAGUACCUGCCGGGAGACGGGGGAGUCUACCCUUCCCCGAGACCGCCCCCGCCCUCCCGCCUCCGGAGUGUGUAAAUAGGGAAGGGCGCGGCCAACGGACCGACUGCGCCAGCCAUGCCCUCCCCGUGUGUGUGUGUGCGCGCGUGCGUGUGUGUGUGCCUGCAUGUAAAUAAGGGCACCGUGACUCUGCUGCCCCCCCCGUUGUAUGAUAGCGUCGCGAUUCCCAUGACACUGCCAUGACACCUCCCUAGCGUGCGAGAGCCAUCCCGUUUUUUCCCCCGAGUCUCCCGCCACGGCCAGGGAAACGCGCCGCGUGCGAACUCUGCGGUCGUUUCCCUCUGCGUUACACGCAAGCAUACAAGUCUGUACAACGCUAGGCAUGUCGUCUCCCCCUCCUUCGCCGAGAACGGAAACCCUCUCCGCCGAAGCGGAACCUUUUCUGUCGUUAUAUGACGGAAGUUUCUCCCGUCACUUGGGGAAACGGAGCUACCGCCGUUAUGUCACAGGUCGUCGUCGGGGUUUGUUUUUUUUUAACGGAAGAGAGUUUGGGGGGUGGUGUUUUUCUUUCUCCCCCCUCCCCACCGCUCCUCCCCACCUCCUCCCUCAGACCUUCCCGCGCGGAGGUUGUACAAAGUGUUAAAUAUUUCGUGCCGCUAUUACCGUUUUCACCGUCAACUAUAAUUUCAUCCUGUUUUCCCCUUUUUUUUUUCUUACCAUCCCCUGUUGCUUUUGCAGCAGCGAUUUUAAUUUUUUUUCUCAACCUUCUUUCUCGCAAUGUUCUGUUGGUGUCCUAGUGACUGUAUUUUUACGGAAAGCGAAAUACAUUUGUGCCUUUGUGCACCUCUA